UGCCUAAGCCUCCGGAGUUCUGCAAUUGCAGGCAGGCACUUGUGCCACUGAGCUAUAUUCCUGGCCCCUGUGACAUCUUUUGAAGUUAUGUGCCAAGUAGACCUGUGUGGUCUUCAAAGUUCUUUCAUGCCUUUCAGUUAACUCUUGCAGUGGUUUUAUGGUGAUGCACUAUUUGCGAGGUAUCAAGCUUUGUACCACCUGAGAAUUUUGUAAACUCAAAGGAUGGAAACAACUGAAUUUGAAUUUUGCCUGUGUGUGAAUGGUGCUGAUUCUUCUUUUCUUGUGGCAUCGAAUAUAUGGUUUGUUAAUGCUGGUGGGGUGGCAGGUGCCUCUGUUGACUUGAUACUGUUUCCUCUGGAUACCAUUAAAACCAGGCUGCAGAGUCCCCAAGGAUUUAAAAAGGCUGGUGGUUUCCGUGGCAUAUAUGCUGGUGUGCCUUCUACUGCUAUUGGAUCCUUUCCUAAUGCUGCUGCAUUUUUCCUCACCUACGAAUAUGUGAAAUGGUUUUUGCACACUGAUUCAUCUUCAUAUUGGAUGCCUACGAAGCAUAUGUUGGCUGCCUCCGCCGGAGAAGUGGUUGCCUGCCUGAUUCGGGUUCCUUCCGAAGUGGUUAAGCAGAGGGCUCAGGUAUCUGCUUCUUCAAGAACAUUUCAGAUUUUCUCUAACAUCUUAUAUGAAGAGGGCAUCCAAGGAUUAUAUCGAGGCUAUACAAGCACAGUCUUAAGAGAGAUUCCUUUUUCAUUGGUCCAGUUCCCCUUGUGGGAGUACUUAAAGGCCCUCUGGUCCUGGCGGCAGGAUCAUGCGGUGGAUUCUUGGCAGUCAGCAGUGUGUGGAGCUUUUGCAGGUUAUUCGCAGGCGUCUUCCCGCGGAUGGCCGCCAUCAGCCUGGGGGGUUUCAUCUUCCUGGGUGCUUAUGACCAAGCCCGCAGCGUGCUGUCCAGAGCGGGCAGACAGAGUCGGUGAGGCCGAGCGGCACACGCGCUUCCCUGAGGAAAGGGGACUGCGCGAGAACGCCGCCGCCAUCGCCCACCGGGGCUGCAACCUCCAGAGCGCUCGGGCCAGAGGCUGCCUGCAGUUAGGUCGUCGCCGGCCGCGGCCAGAACAAGGAAACCGCGUCCGUGGAAGAAGUCUGAACGGUCUUCUCGGAAUCUCUCAAUAAAUAAGUUGGGUGAUGCCGAG